UGCGUUCCUCUUCAUGUACCAGAGUUGUCUUUCAACCAUAUUAAAUUUAAAAGCAUUGCAUUCAGCCAGAGUUGAUCAAGAUAAAAAGGAUUUGGAACUUAAAUCAACAAGCAAUUGGACACCUUUGCAAUCCCCCAAAGAGAGACAAAUUAGCUGCGAUCGCUCUCAUCACUCCUAUGAUUUAUGCGCAAUCAACGGUCCUACUAUUCUCCACCCCAUAACCUCUACUUUCUUCCUUGUGGAUCCCUCCACCUCAUCCCCGCCUUCCUUUGCGGAAAAAAUUAGACCUUACCCUCGAAAAUGGGAGAAUUUCACGAUGAAGAAAAUCAAGGAGUUGACCAUAACCUCGACUCCACAAACCCCAAGAUGUGAAGUACAACAUAAUGUUCCGGCUUUAGUAUUCAGUGCAGGUGGGUACAACGGAAACUUUUGGCAUGAUUUCAAUGACGGGUUAAUUCCUCUCUUUAUCACCGUCAACUCAGUCUUUCCAGAUCAAGAUUUUGUUCUUGUCAUCACGGAAGCUCGUGAUACGUGGGUUACCAAGUACGCUGAUUUAUUACAAACGUUUAGUAAACACCGUAUCAUAAACCUGAAUAAUGACAACGCCACUCAUUGUUUUACUUCUGCCGCUUUGGGCCUAAUAUCACAUGGAUUUAUGUCCAUAAACCCUGCGUUGAUGCCAACUUCAAAAACUUUCACCCAUUUUCGUGCUUUCCUGGACAAAGCCUAUGGCCUCGGCCAACGAAACUACCCCUCCAAGCACAAAUCUCCGGCGGCUCGGCCACGGUUGGUGUUGGCGAGUCGCAAGGGUAGUCUUGGACGUGUUAUUUUGAAUCAGGCAGAAGUAAAACGUGUAGCGGAAGAAGUAGGGUUUGAUGUAAUUGUAUUUAAGCCAACUCCGAGAACCCCAUUGCAGGAAGCUUACGCAGUUGUAAAUUCAAGCCAUGUAAUGGUUGGGGUACACGGUGCAGCGCUUACACAUUCAUUAUUUCUCCGGCCAGGUUCAGUGUUGGUGCAGGUGGUGCCGUUGGGGCUUGAAGGGUUGGGGGAGAUGUGCUUCGGGAAAUCGGCUAGGGCUAUGGGGUUAGAGUACAUGGAAUAUAAGAUCAAUGCAGAGGAGAGUAGCUUGGUGGAAAAGUAUGAUAAGAAUGAGUUGUUGAUAAGGGAUCCAACUGCUUUUCGAGGGAAGAAUUGGUCUGACGCUAUUAUGACCAUAUAUUUGAAGGAACAAAACGUUAAAUUUGAAUUGUUUAGAUUUAAGGAAUAUUUAAAGCAAGUGUAUAAGAAGGCGAAGCGAUUCAUGGACAAGGAGGGAUAAAAAUCAAUCAAAAUUAUAGCGAUUCUUGUAAUAAUGAUAUUGUAAUUGUUAUC